AUUGAGACUGGAGAGUGUUAAUUCCUGAAGCUGAGCCGGCACACCUAUAGAACAAUGUAGCUACAGAGGGACUGAAAAUACUCUGCCUUUUUCUCUUGCACUACAGAAGGAGUAUCUGCUGUUUUGCUGCCAUGUCUGCAACCUAGCAAGCCCUCCAGUGCCUGUUUAGGAUUCCUGGUGGCUUGUCUAAGCAUGGCGGAAAUCAGUGUUCAAAGAAUCCUUCUUUUGGUUGUUUCUCUGACAAAGUGUCUGGAGGGCACGGAGUUGCUGGCACACCUUAAAAAGUGUGGUGACUUGGAAUGUGAAACUUUAAUCAGCAGAGUCUUAGCCCUGAGAGACCACACGGGACCUGACUGUCGAUACCUGAACUUCACUGAGGGGGACGAGAUCUCUGUCUAUGUUAAGCUUGCAGGAGAGAGAGAAGAUUUGUGGGCAGGAAGCAAAGGAAAAGAUUUUGGAUUUUUUCCCAGAGAUGCAGUCGAGAUCGAAGAGGUGUUCAUAUCCGAAGAAGUUGAAAUGCCAACUAAAGAAUCUGACUUUCUUUGUCUUCUUGGAGAAGGGUACAUAUUUGGAAGUGAACAGAGUGAGUUAAUCAGUGGUGACGACGAAAAUAUGUAUCCAUAUGAAAACGAUGAAGACCAAAAAUACGAUAUACAAGGUGAUUUCCAGCCAGAGCCUGACUUUUAUACAGAGUUUGAAGGGACUUUGUUUGAAGAGCAAAUUUCAGAACCAGAAACUCCUGAAGAUUUCAGAAUUUCCAGUGCGUCAAACGGCUGGAAAGAGGCCGGAAACGCAGGCAGUGGCGAGCUGGGUUACACCCCAGUCUGGGACCAGGCCUUGCCAUCCCUGAGUGUGCCAGAAAAGCAAGGAUGGUUUGGACUGAGGAGAGAAGAAGCUGAAGAGAAGCCUUUUGAACCAGAUACUGAGCCCGCACAAGAAAGCUCAUUUCAGAGUAGGAAAUUAACAGUGGAGGAGGAGAAUGACCUGGAGAAAUUAAACAACGGCGAACCCCAGAUAGAACUUGAGCAAGAUCCAAAAUCACAGCUUGAUUCUGAGGCACCAGAAGCCAGCUCGGUGCUGGAGGAACAAUACGAACUACCUUCUGAGUCAGAGCAUGUUCUCAAACCUGAAGCCAAUGCCUGGUUUGGCGGCGGAUUCACAAGUUAUUUAGGUUUCGGAAAGGAAGACACAGGACUUGAGUUAUUGUCGGAAGAAAGCAAUCCGCCAUUAGAAGAUGGUCCCAAUUCUGUUCCACUGGAUGAAGAAGCCUCACCUACAUGCAGGGAAAUAUCAACAGACAAGGAAGAGACAGUCAUUAAUGACAGCUCAGUCCUCAGUCCAAGCUGGUUUUAUUUUGGUUUCGGUAUGCUAGGCUUUGCACAAACUAAUAAAGACGGAACUACCUCUGACAAUGGGGAAAGUGAAGAUGGUGGGGGAGAUAGCCACAAAUAUCCUAUAGCGAGUGACUUUGACCCGGAAAAGGAAGAAGAAAGGGAAAUGAUAGCACCUGUGGAAACAGAAACAGGCAAGGAGAGCCCCCUGGAGAAGAAAGGUGAUUAUGGUUCUAUGCUAUAUCUGAAGAAGUUCUUUGAUAAUCCUUGGAGCUUCCAGAAUCACCCAGAGGAUACAGAAUCACCAUUUUCCAAACAGAUGCCGGGUCAGGAGGAUAUAGUCGAAAAUGACAAAACUGAAAAACUUUCCACUGAAAAUUCUCCCACAGAUAGCACGAAAGAUCCCAUGAUGCUGGAGAACAGACACAGUCCGUCAGAUAUGGCCUCUGAAAUAGAGUCAUCUCUGAGUGUCCAUGAAGAAAUACAUUUAAAAAUCUCAUCCUCUAAAAGGAAUGAGGAAGACUCCAAAUCAUGUGUGGAUUCUGAAGUGCCUGCUGUGGCAGAAUCAGACAGCACUGUGGAAGAUGCCUUGCUCGGUAGUCAGCUGGUUUCUCAAGCAAAGCAUGUCUACGGCUUCAUGAACUCUGCACUUUCACCAGCUGAAAUUCUUAUAGAAAGUGUUGUGGCAGCAUUGCCUGAAGAUAUGAGAGCAGACUUUAAUCCCAACGGUUUUUCAUUGGAACUGGCAAUAGGUGUGCUUACUAUUGGGCUGCUUGCAGUUCUCUUGUUUCUAUGGAGAGGCUUCCGAUCAAUUCAAAGCCGAUUUUAUGUGGGAAGAGAAAAAAAACUCGCUCUUGAGCUUUCUGCACUAAUUGAAGAAAAAUGUAAACUACUUGAAAAAGUUAGCCUUGUUGAAAAGGAGUAUGAAGGCUUAGAGUCAUCGUUAAAGGAGGCCAGCUUUGAGAAGGAGUCCACAGAAGCACAAAGUUUGGAGUUUGUUGAAGGAUCACAAAUACCAGAGGCAACCUACGAAAAUCUAGAAAGAUCCAGAUCUAAACUUGAAGAAGAAAUUACCCUCCUAGAGAAGAGCUUAGAAGAAGAGAGAGCUAAACAUUCUGAACAAGAUGAGUUGAUGGCUGAUAUUUCAAAAAGGAUUCAGUCCUUAGAAGAUGAAUCAAAAUCUCUCAAAGCACAGGUAGCUGAAACCAAAACAACCUUCAAAAUAUUUGAAAUGAAUGAAGAGCGACUUAAGGGAGUAACAAAAGAUGCCUUGAAUGAAAACUCUGAACUUCAGGAAAGCCAAAAACAGCUUUUACAGAAAGCCGAAGUAAUGAAAGAACAAGUGAAUGAACUCGAGAAACAGAAAGUAACAUUUGAAGAAUCCAAAGUACAGGUGGAACAACUUCUAAAUGAUAAGGAAAAUCAGAUCAAGACUCUGAUCGAGAGCCUGCUAAAGAUGAAAGAUUGGGCUGCUGUGCUUGGAGAAGACAUAGCAGAUGAUGACAAUCUGGACUUGGAAGUGAAGAGUGACCUAGGAAAUAAUGUUCACUUAGAUAAUCAGCCAAAGGGAGCUUUGAAGAAGCUGAUUUAUGCUGCUAAGUUAAACGCUUCUUUAAAAGCCUUAGAAGGAGAGCGAAACCAAAUUUACACUCAGUUAUCUGAAGUGGAUAAAACAAAAGAAGACCUUACAGAGCGUAUUAAGAAUCUCCAGUCUGAACAAGCAUCUUUGCAGUCAGAAAACACACAGUUUGAAAGUGAGAAUCGGAAACUUCAGGAGAAACUGAAAGUAAUGACUGAGCUGUAUCAAGACAAUGAAAUGAAACUUCACAGGAAAUUAACAGUAGAGGAAAAUUGCCUAUUAGAGAAAGAAGAAAAACUUUCCAAAGUAGAUGGGAGGAUCAGCCGUGUGACCGAGGAGCUGGAGACCUGCAAACAGCGCGUCAAGGAUCUUGAAGAAGAGCUGGAGAGAACAACUCAUUCUUACCAAGGGCAGGUUAUUUCUCAUGAAAAGAAAGCACAUGAUAAUUGGCUGGCAGCUCGGACUUUUGAAAGAAAUCUCAACGAUUUAAGGAAAGAAAAUGCUCUCAAUAGACAAAAAUUAACUGAAACAGAGUUUAAAUUUGAACUUUUAGAAAAAGAUCCUUAUGCACUUGAUGUUCCAAAUGCAGCAUUUGGCAGAGAGCAUUCCCCAUAUGGUCCCUCGCCAUUGGGCCGACCUUCAUCUGAAACGAGAGCUUUUCUCUCUCCUCCAACUUUGUUGGAGGGCCCACUCAGACUCUCACCUUUGCUUCCAGGGGGAGGAGGAAGAGGCUCACGAGGUCCUGAGAAUCUUCUGGAUCAUCAGAUGAACACUGAAAGAGGAGACUCGGGCUAUGACAGGUUAUCUGAUGUUCCCAGAGCACCUUCCGACAGGUCUCUGUCACCUCCCUGGGAACAAGACCGCAGGAUGAUAGCCCUGCCCCCAGGUUUUCUCUCAAGAUGGUGCUCAGCCUUCACCCUCCAAAUCAUUUCAGAGUAACAGAGUGGGAUUUCUUUCUCUUGUUGACUCCUGCUAGGACAAUCACUGUCUCACCAAAACCUGCAGUUCUGUUUGAGUCUUGUGAACACUGUGGGUCUGUCCUAGCUUAAGAUGCUCAGGCCUCUCUCACCAGGGGUGCCUGGCUUAUCUUUUGGGUGAGGCUUCUGCUUCACUUGCCCCAUUAUAGAGCCAUGUGACUGGAGCAGUGUUUGACUUGGCUUCUUUUUGAUAACAUCCAUUUAGUAAAACAACAGCUGUAGGUUCUCCUCUAAGGACCAUGACCUCCCCAGGCACAGACUUUUGAGCAGUACUUUGCAUGAAUUCCCUCCUCUAAAGCAGUCCUCAAAUUCAAAUAGAAAAUGGUUGGUUACCCUCAAAAGAAUCAUGGCACUGUUGGGCCAGUGGGUGCAUCUUUCUGGAAGAUUGUUAUUGUAGUAUGCAAGAUCCAUCAGUGCUUCCGUUGGUAACUUUUCUUCUCUUAGAGGACCACCGUGCCUUCUGGCACUGUAAAAGUGAGCCUUCAGGGAAGAAGUUUUCAGGUCAGAUAGUUCUCUCUGUGCUAUAGCAGAACUAUGCUGUGUCUUGAGCAGUGCAGGUUACUGAUGAGCUAUAUCAAGCAAACAAGUGUAGUAAAGCCCUUUUGACCCCAUUUAAUUUUUACUCCAAUUAUAAUUGAUAGUCUGCUUCCCAUGUUACUUGCAUAUACCUUUCUUAAAAAACUGUCCACAUAGUAAGACGGCUCAGGAGUUAAGGGUGCUAGCUAACAAGCUUGAAAACCUGUGUUUAGUCCUUGACACCCACAUGAUGUAAGGAGAGAAUUGACUCCUGAAAGCUGACUUUUGAACCUCCACACUCAUUUCAUGGCAUAUGUACACACACAUACACACACAUACACACACACACACAAAAAAAAAAGCGAAUGUCUAAAAAUCAGCCACAUUGUAUUUACUGAUUUUUGUUCCCAGUAAACUCUAAGAACAUUUACUAUAUUGAGAUCAACAUUGUUUUGUCUAGUAUCUGCCACGAUAAGACCCAGAUUUAAGGAAUAGUAAAGGGCCAAAUGUAUAUAUUUUGUGAAAGAAUAAACUCUGAGUUUCUGAUA